GACGAGGAGCAUCAGCCCUAAUAACUUAGACGCAGGCCGUCGGGGCUGCGGCUCUUUCGUUUGAUUGCGGACGCGCAGUCGGUAAGACUCCCCCGGCAGGCGGAUGACAGCGCCCCGUAGUUCCAAGGCCAGCCUGCAGAUGAACAUCGCCAAUAGCGGCCGCGGCGUGGAGACGCAGAGCCUGGGCGGCAUGGGUGUAAUUGGGUGGAACCUCCGGAAGAUGGUCGUGAUGUGCCACGCCCGCUGCACUUUCGACGUGCUAGUGGGACAGACUGCGUACAUAGCUGAGCGCGCCAUGUCUCUCGUCCGGGCCCGGGGGCAGUACACGCCUCUGGCGCAGCCUACCGCCGGCUUCACUCCGCCCCUAUGCAUGUUCUUGACUGAGAAGUUGCCGGGGUGGGAGCAUGCCAAGUUACUGGGAAGCUGGGGAGCCUGGUUUGGGCCUGUGGUUGAGAGAGUUUCCUCGACAUGGGCUGCCAUCCAUUCUCGUACAUGCUGUACCCGUGCGUAUGCCAGAUCAACGCUCGCUCCUGGAACUCGCAGAAGAGCUCUCUCUCAAAGGGCCUUUUGCAGCUCUCGAGAGCGGACGAAAUACGAUGGAUGGAUGGCUGCAUAGUCGGGCUGUGUCCCACCCACUCGCUCCAGCCCCAACCAUUCAGCAGCCACCGACGAGCCCGCCCCAAUCCAACGUCAGAGGGACAGUCCAGAUACCGCCGACAUAUGCAAUGAACGGCCCCCUCAACACGACGAUCAGUCACAAUCCAAGACUUGUGCUCAACCAG